AUGAGUGUCCAAAGUAGCAGUGGAAGUUUGGAGGGGCCGCCAUCUUGGUCCCAGCUCUCCACGUCUCCAACCCCGGGCUCGGCGGCGGCGGCCAGGUCCCUGCUGAAUCACACGCCGCCAUCCGGGAGGCCCAGGGAAGGUGCAAUGGAUGAGCUUCAUAGUCUGGAUCCAAGAAGGCAAGAAUUAUUGGAAGCUAGAUUUACAGGAGUUGCAAGUGGGAGCACGGGGAGCACGGGCAGUUGCAGUGUUGGAGCUAAAGCCUCAACAAAUAAUGAAAGCUCUAAUCACAGUUUUGGAAGCUUGGGAUCUUUGAGUGACAAAGAAUCAGAGACACCAGAGAAGAAACAAUCAGAAUCAUCCAGAGGAAGAAAAAGAAAAGCAGAAAACCAGAAUGAAAGUAGUCAGGGAAAAAGUAUUGGGGGACGUGGCCACAAAAUUAGCGACUAUUUUGAAUACCAAGGUGGAAAUGGCUCAAGUCCAGUAAGAGGCAUACCUCCUGCAAUCCGUUCGCCUCAGAAUUCACAUUCACAUUCCACUCCUUCUUCAUCUGUUCGACCGAAUAGCCCUUCUCCUACUGCGUUAGCUUUUGGGGACCACCCUAUUGUACAGCCAAAGCAGUUAUCCUUUAAAAUUACUCAGACUGAUCUUACGAUGCUGAAAUUAGCAGCAUUAGAAAGUAAUAAAAACCAGGACCUGGAAAAGAAGGAAGGUCGUAUAGAUGACUUGCUCAGGGCUAAUUGUGAUCUCAGACGGCAGAUAGAUGAGCAACAAAAGCUACUUGAAAAAUACAAAGAGCGAUUAAAUAAGUGCAUAUCAAUGAGCAAGAAACUGCUUAUUGAGAAGAGUACACAAGAAAAACUGUCAAGCCGAGAGAAGAGUAUGCAAGACAGAUUACGCCUUGGGCAUUUCACAACAGUUAGACAUGGUGCUUCAUUUACUGAACAAUGGACAGAUGGUUUUGCAUUUCAGAAUCUUGUAAAGCAACAAGAAUGGGUGAAUCAGCAAAGGGAAGAUAUUGAAAGGCAAAGGAAACUUCUAGCCAAACGCAAACCUCCCACAGCUAAUAAUUCUCAGGCACCCUCUACCAAUUCUGAAUCAAAACAAAGGAAAAACAAAGCAGUCAAUGGAGCAGAAAAUGAUCCCUUCGUUAGACCAAAUUUACCACAGCUGUUGACUUUGGCAGAAUAUCAUGAACAGGAAGAAAUUUUCAAACUUAGACUAGGACAUCUCAAAAAGGAAGAGGCAGAAAUCCAGGCAGAACUUGAACGGUUGGAAAGAGUCAGAAAUCUUCAUAUUCGAGAGCUCAAAAGAAUAAAUAAUGAAGAUAAUUCACAGUUCAAAGAUCACCCAACGUUAAAUGAAAGAUAUUUAUUGCUCCAUCUGCUUGGUAGAGGUGGCUUUAGUGAAGUAUAUAAGGCUUUUGACCUUUAUGAACAAAGAUAUGCUGCUGUGAAGAUCCACCAGCUUAAUAAAAGCUGGAGGGAUGAGAAGAAGGAAAACUACCACAAACAUGCCUGCAGAGAGUAUAGAAUACACAAAGAACUGGAUCACCCCAGAAUAGUUAAACUCUAUGACUAUUUCUCCUUGGAUACAGAUACGUUUUGUACAGUGUUAGAAUACUGUGAAGGCAAUGACUUGGAUUUCUAUCUGAAGCAACAUAAGUUAAUGUCAGAGAAAGAAGCUAGGUCUAUUGUAAUGCAAAUUGUAAAUGCACUAAGAUAUCUCAAUGAAAUAAAACCCCCUAUUAUACAUUAUGAUCUUAAGCCAGGAAACAUCCUCCUGGUAGAUGGAACAGCAUGUGGAGAAAUCAAAAUCACUGAUUUUGGUCUGUCCAAGAUCAUGGAUGAUGACAGCUAUGGUGUAGAUGGAAUGGAUCUAACUUCCCAAGGGGCAGGCACAUACUGGUAUUUACCUCCUGAGUGUUUUGUAGUUGGAAAGGAACCACCAAAGAUUUCCAACAAGGUUGACGUGUGGUCAGUUGGAGUCAUCUUCUUUCAAUGUCUUUAUGGUAGAAAGCCAUUUGGUCAUAAUCAAUCUCAGCAAGACAUUCUUCAAGAAAAUACGAUAUUAAAAGCCACUGAUGUCCAGUUCCCUGUAAAACCUGUUGUAAGCAGUGAAGCAAAGGCCUUUAUAAGACGCUGUUUGGCAUACCGAAAAGAAGAUAGGUUUGAUGUGCACCAACUGGCAAAUGACCCCUACCUUCUCCCACACAUGAGAAGAUCUAAUUCUUCAGGCAACUUACACAUGGCUGGGCUGACAGCAUCCCCCACACCCCCUUCUUCGAGCAUACUUACUUACUGACUUUCCUCCAAAAUCGGCAUGAUGUCUUUGAAUUGCUUCCAGAUGCACACUUGAGUUUGAGAGCUUUUGAGUGUUUUUGUUGUUUUCUUUUUUACACAGGAUAUGGUUGAGAACUGUUUGUGAACUGAAGUUCUUCAUAGAGUCAUUUGUAUGAGAGUGGAUCAUGGACCCUGAAUAAAUGUACACUUCUGACUGUAACCUUAAGCAGUGAAGGGUGACUGCCUGUUGCACAGAAACAGGAAUACCAUGUUCAAGAAAAGUGGUUUUUGUUGGGGAGGGGAACACUGUAAAUAACGUUUAUAAUACUUCAGUACGUUUGGUUGUUACUCAAGAGUUCUAAUACGAAGGGUAGUUUUUCAUUAUUUAAAAACACAUGGAAAAUGAGACAUAUUUCUAACACAAGAACUAUACAGUGCCUGGAUACAUUAUUCAGCAUUCAGCAGUUUAUCUGCUCUAACCAAAGUAAGAACGGAAUGACAGUGACAGUUGUGUUGUACAGUAACAGGAUGUGAGAGAAUCUCUGGGCAAAGUUAGACUUUGUCAUUUGCCUGGUCUGGCUUUUAGCAGGUUGUACCUUGAAAUCACAUGUCUGCUCUUUUCACUGGUUAUGUUAAAGGGAGAGCUGUUCCUAGAUACUUUAGACCUCUGACAAAGUGCGCUGCUUAUUUUGAGAUCAGUCAGUUGAAGUCACUAAAUUAUGGUAUCUCCAGUGUUCUCAACAUGUUAGAACUGUUAACAGGUAUUUUUAUUUUGUUACCAGGCCUUGUUCAUUCAAAGUGACAAUAUAUAACCAAAU